AUGGCCGACGCCGAUCUGAAGCAAGCGAUUCUCCGGCUGACGGAUCUCAUCGCAACCCAGCAGCAGCAGAUUGCAGCUCUCCAGCAGGGUAACGCCAAUCAAGCUGGAAGCGAGAAGAUCAUCGAGUCACUCUCCACCGGAAUCGACGAGUUCCAAUACGAUCCGGACGGCGGCAUCUUUUUCGAUUCGUGGUACGCUCGGUACGAGGACGUGUUCAAGGAGGACGGUAAGCAUUUGGACGACAAGGCGAAGGUCAGGCUGCUUCUGCGGAAAAUCGGCACGCAGUUCCACGAACGCUACGUGAACAGCGUUUUGCCGAACCAUCCGCGGGAUUUUGGAUUCGAAGACACCGUGAAGAAGCUGAAGAAGCUGUUCGGACGCCAAAAGUCCCUCUUCAACGCUCGGUACCAGUGUCUUCAAUACGUGAAGAACGACGCCGAUGAUUUUUCGUCAUACGCCGCGUCGGUCAACAAGCACUGUGAAGCGUUCCAGAUGGAAAAACUGUCCAGCGACCAAUUCAAGACUCUCAGGUUCGUAUGCGGUCUUCAGUCACCGCGCGAUUCGGACAUCCGGACCAGACUGAUCGGAAAGUUGGAAGCUGAAGAAAACGCGCCGCCCGCCGACGGUGCCACUCUCAAGCUUGAAAACCUGGUUGAGGAGUGCAACCGCAUCAUCAACCUCAAGCAAGACACCCAGAUGAUCGAGAAAGGCUGCGGGGACAAGUCAAACGUUCACGCAAUUUCUCGCCAUCAUCGUACUUCAAGUCGGAAGGAGAAGAAGUCGCAGUCACCGAAAACACCUUGCUGGUUCUGUGGGGAUCUACACUACGUCAAGGAGUGUCCCUACCAGUCCCAUACCUGUACAAAGUGCAAGCGGAAGGGCCACAAGGAAGGCUACUGCUCCUCAUCCGAAAAGAAGUCAUCAAAGCAGGUCGACAAACCGAAACCUAAAGACGUCGUAAAGUCCAAAGGUAUCUCGGUUAAGCGAGUUGACCUCACGAAGAAGCGGAAGUAUGUCAAGAUCGAAAUCAACGGUUCGCCCGCAACGUUGCAGCUCGAUUGUGCCUCCGACAUCACCAUUAUUUCCAAGCGCACUUGGAAAUCCGUGGGCAAGCCUGUCAUCAAUCCAUCGGAAGUCGACGCCGUGAGUGCCUCUGGUGACAGCAUCGGGAUACUAGGUGAGUUCAACGCCGAAAUCACCGUUCAAGACGUGACAAAAUCUGGCCGCAUUUUCGUCACGAGCAAUCCGGAUCUCAACGUACUCGGAAUCGAAACAAUCGAUCAGUUCGAUCUCUGGUCGGUUCCAUUCAGCUCGUUGGUCAACAACAUCCAGCAAAACUCGAACGCAACGAUGCAGAAGCGUCAAGCCAAGUUUCCUGAAGUGUUCCAGUCCACGCUCGGAUGCUGCUCGAAAGCGAAGGUAACACUCUAUCCGAAGCCAGACGCACGCCCUUUGUACUGCCCCAAGAGACCGGUUGCCUACGCUGCCCUCCCGAAAGUUGAUGCUGAGCUGCAGAGACUUCAAGAUAACAGCAUCAUUUCGCCAGUCCAGUUCUCCGAUUGGGCUGCUCCCAUAGUCGUGGUUCGCAAGUCCGAUGUCUCCGUACGUAUCUGUGGUGACUACUCCACGGGUCUCAACGACGCACUCGAGUCGGAUCGCCAUCCGCUACCGCAUCCGGACGACAUUUUUGCUGAACUAGCCGGCUGCCGUUACUUCUCCUGCAUCGACCUAUCGGACGCAUAUCUCCAGGUCGAAGUAGAGGAAUCAUCACGACGACUGCUCACGAUAAACACGCACAAGGGUUUUCCAGUACAACCGUUUGCCGCCCGGUGUGAAAUCGGCUCCUGGAGCGUUCCAGAGGAUCAUCGACAGCAUGGUUGCCGGCAUUCCUGGUGUCAAGCCUUACCUGGACGACAUCCUAAUCGCUGGAAGGACUCAAGAAGAGCACGACCUCAGGCUUCACGCUGUGCUGCAGCGAAUUCAUCAAGUUUCUGGGCCACAUCGUCGACAAGGAUGGUCUCCGCCCAGAUCCAGCCAAAACCAGCGCUAUCUCCGAAAUGGCACCUCCAACGAAUGUAUCGCAACUACGGUCGUACCUCGGUGCGAUUAACUACUACGGACGGUUCGUUGGACAGAUGA